AUGGCGAAAAGUCCCAAGCCUUCUUCUUAUAAUAAGAAGUCAAAGGCUGUUGGAGGUGCCAUCUCCAAACAUUCUAAUUCUGUAGGUGGAAAGAAUUUUAAAGCUUAUAAAAAUAAUUAUUAUAAAGAUGGUUAUAAAAAGAAUAGGAGAUUCAGUAUAGCCGAUCUGUCUUCUUCAGAAUCAGAUAAAGUUUAUGAUAAUGCAUCUACUGUAUAUGAAGUAGAAUCAAUAUCAGAUGGAUCUGAAUCUUCAUUAACAGCCGUAUCAGAUGAAGAAAUGUCUAAUUCAAAACAUCAAAAAUUCCCUUCUUAUACUAAAAAGUCAGGUAAGAAUGGAUUAAAAGGAAUUAGUUCUAAGAAGAAAUCAUCCAAAAAGACCAUUAAUUGGGAUUGGAAUCAAGAUAUCUCUGAUGGAUCUGCAAAUUCCGACCAGGAUGAUGACGAUGAUGAUGAUGAAGACGAUGAAGAUGAUGAAGAUUUAGUUUCGAGUUCAGAUGAAUCUGAUGUAGAUUUCAUCAAGUUACAAGCCCAAAAGAAAGUGAGAACUCUUCAAGCCGCUCGAGCCAUGAAAGCUCUAAAAUCAAAACAACCCAAUAGUAUCACUAAUAGCAAUGAAUUAUCAGACGUUGAUCUGGAAUUAGACUCUGAAUCUGAAGUUGACAUUUCCGAUAUUACUGCUCUUGCUCAACAGAAGCAGAGCCAUUUGAAGAAACAAAAUAUAACCAAUAAUAAUAAUAAUAGCAACAAUAAUAACAAUAAGGCAAAAUUCGGAAGGCGGCGGUCUGACGCUGUUUUGCCAGAAGAUAUCAAUUUCACAUUUGAAUUUGAUAAUUUCGGAAAUAAUGGUAACAGUGAUGAUGAGUCUAAUGAUCGUGAUGAUAUGGAAUCUAAUGCAAUUAGUGAAGUAGAAGAAGAAAAAUUUGAGGUUCAAGAAGAAGAUAUUGGAGAAGAAAUAGAUGUAAGUAUGGAAAGUGCUCCUACUCCAUCAGGUCCAAUACCAGAUAAAUCAGUAACUGAAUUUGAUUUUGAUUUUGAAACUCAAUUAUUACCUGUACCAAAGAUUAAAGAAGAUGAAUUAAGUUCUGAUGAUGAUUAUGAAAUCGAUGAUAAUGAACUUUUAGCUACAUUACAAGCCGAUAAUGAUUUAGAAGAAUUUACAAGUUAUGGUGAAGAAAGUAAGAAUAAUAUUAAAUUUAGAAGAAGUAGUUCAGCUGAUUCUAUUGGAGAUGAUGAUGAAAGUGAUCCAUUUUUAAAAGAAGAAGAAAAAUUCUUAGUUAAUGAAUUUGAAAUGAAUGGAUUUGAUGAUGAAGGAGAAGGAGAAGAAAUUGGAAUUGAAGAUUAUAGUUUUAGUGAUUCUAAUAAUCGUAAGACUUUAUUAAAUUCUUUUAAAGCUAUAGAUCCAACUGAUGAGAAACAAGUCUUACAAUAUGAAAGUAGUCUUGAUAGUGGAUCAGAAUCAGAUGGAGAAGAUGAAGAUGAAGAAGAUGAUGAUGGUUAUGAAGAUUUAAUUGAUUUCAAUGCUCCAUUCUUUAAAGAUAGUCAUAAUAACAAUAAUAAUAAUAAUGAUCAAUCUAAAGUCAAAAUACGAACUUCACAGAAUUUACAAGAUACUUUACUGUCAAAGGAUAAGAAGGAUAAAUAUAAACAUAAACAUAAGACAAAACCUAGUGAAAUGAAUAGUGAUGAAGAUGAUGAUGCUUAUUUAUGGAAUUACUUUUUCAGUUCUGAUAAUGGUUCAAGUGAUGAUGAUGAUGGAUAUGCUGAAGAAGAUGAUGAUUUACUUGCUGAAGAAAUUCUUAAAAGUAUGGAUAGUAAAACUGCUACUAGUCAUCGUAUGAGUUUAACUACAUCAAUGAAUUCUAAUUUAAGAAGAAAAAGUGUAGCUAUAGCACCAACAGUGGCUCAAACUGAAACUAAUUAUAAAUUUGGAAUUGAUGAUGAUUAUGAUAAUGAUAGUGGAGAAUCUACUGAUGAAGAUUUAUCAUUACCUAAAUCUACUAAUAAGAAUAAAGUAGGAUCUCAGAAGGCAAAAGAAGUAUUAUCAUCAAAAACCGCUGAUUAUCGUCCACCAGUUCUUGGUACUUGGUUAGCAGUUGAUAGUAAACCAUUUGGUAUAAUUGAUGGAUUAUCUACACGAAUACUUCAAACCAAAAAUAUUAUCAAUAAACCUAUUGAUAUUAAAAAUAAAUCUAGAAGAAGUAUUGUAGCAACUCCACUUGAUGGAUCAGAUGAUCUGGCUUUAGGUUUAGAUGAAUUAUUAAAUGUAAGUGAAUUAGAUAAUGAUGAUGAAAAUGAUAUUAGAAUCUGGAGAGAUUUUAAUAGUCAAAAGAAAAGAGUACCACUUGGAGCAUUUAGAAAUAAGUCUAUCUUACAUAAUACCUUACUUCAUCCAGAACCUAGUAUUACUACAUCUCAUUAUCCUCCAUCCACUACUACUACUAGUGCAGUCAAAUCAUCUUUCAAUAAACAUCGUAAGUCUUCAGUUGUAUCAUCCAAACUUGCUUCUGUCACCAAACCUUCAACCAUUAAGAAAAGUACUUCUGGGGCAGGAGCAGGAGCAGGAGCAGGAGCAGUAACCACUACAGGAGUAGUUUCAGCAACAGCCCCCGUAUCAUCCACCAAACAAAAGAGAAGAAGAGCGUCUAUAGUGGAGGCAGUUUCCGAAGGGUUUAGAACUACCAAAUCAGGAUUAUUCAAUGAGAAUGCCUUACUUAAUGUAGAAGAAAUGUUAGGUGAUGACAAUGACCUUAUGGCAUUGAUCAAAGGUCUUUAG